CGCCAAGCUGCAGUUCUUCCUGUCAAGGGAAUUUAUUGGCUCGGGGCAUGGUUCAUGUGUCGGUAUUCUGGGACACAAAUACCAUGUACCUACACCCUCAUGGUUGAAAAAGAAUGGCAUACCCUUUAAAGUGGUUAUCCAGCAAAGAGGCCAGGGUAUUAUUGUUGCACCGAAUGCAGCUCACAUGGGAUUCAACUUGGGCCCAAAUGUGGUCGAGUCUAUCAAUUUUGCAUCAAGAAGCUGGAUUCCAUUUGGCAUUGUGUAUCCCAAAUGUACUUGUAUGUCAGGUACAUGCAGACCUCUCUACAAUUAUAAGUACCUUUUCUCCGGACAUGCUUCCAGCAUACCUACAUCAGAAAAUUCCAAGCACAAAGGCACAGGCUCAUUUCAACAAGUGUAUUGUUUAUCCCCAAUUGUGGAGGGAAGCAUUUGAGUCUGCUGGUUCCAUAGAUGUUGAAUGUCAGCCACUUAAUGCUUCUGAGGAAGAUGGUCCCACCGUGAAAUGUUAUGUUAGUGUGAAAAUUGAUGACAAUACAAAAGUUGCCAAGGUGCCUCUGCAGCCUAAUCCCAUGAAGAAAUUUCGCAAUAGAAAGGCCAUCAUUUGCCCAGUGUGCUGCACAACAUACAGUGGAGGACAAAAGCAAAGACUAUUUGAUCACUUUAAAGCUGCCCACUCCCAACUGCCCGACGACAAAAGAAGAAGAAUGGAAGGCUUGCUUAAAGCUAUGUUUCCUGAGUGGGGAACGAAACUCCCCAAGAAGACUUGUAUAAGGUGUGGCAAGUUAGUUGCUCGGUCCAUGAAUAAACACCAACAGAGCAGCGCCUGUAAAUUGCCUGAACAUACAUGA